CUUGUAGCUGCUCUUUGGAAACGCCAGUUGAUCCUCAUGGCAACGGCAUUCAGCAAUGAUGGAGCUGAAGUGAUUCAGCGGACUCUGAUUACUACAGAAGCAGGUGGUCGUCUUCCAGUUUUGGGGAUAGAGGAUUUUUAUGAACUGGAGAGAGCAGCUGCUUUUGUAUCUGACAAUGGCUUCACCAAGAUUGCUCUUCAGUUUCCUGAUAAACUUUUGCCAGAUUCAGCAGAGGUUGCUGCAAGGAUGGAAACAGCAACUGGUGCCAAGAUGUAUGUCUUGGGAGACACAUCAUAUGGCAGCUGUUGUGUAGAUGAAGUGGCAGCAGAACAUGUGGGUGCCGAGGCUAUAGUGCACUAUGGCCCUGCCUGUUUGAGUCCUUGUCGCAAAUUGCCAGUAUUACACAUAUUUUGCCAGGAACAGCUAGAUGCAAUGCGAUGUGUGGAAGUCUUCCAGGAGUUGUACCCUGACCUUCAAGCCUAUGUGGUUGUACUGAGUGAAUCUGCAUAUUUUCACGCCAUUGAUGACCUGGCCUGUAAGCUACAAUCAAUUUAUCCCAAUGUUGUUUUUGCUCAGUUGGAUAGUAAAAAAAAUCUCGAUCCAAGCCAGCCAAUUUCUGGAAUGAUACAGCAGUUUGGACGAUGCUUUAUAAUAGACGAACAUCAUGGUCUUGAAAACUACAGUAUGUUCUAUAUAGGUUCUGAAGGACCAGAACUUACAAACUUCAUGCUGAGUUGGAACCAGUGUCCCUUUAGUUCUUUUGAUCCUAGGACAGGACAAGGCCGGUGGGAAACACUGGAUGUGAACCGGGCCCUGCGACGACGCCUUUACCUAGUGGAACGGGCACGAGAUGCUCAAGUAGUGGGUAUUGUGGUAGGUACUCUUGGAGUAGAAGAUUACUUGUCUGUUCUGGAGCAUCUUCGCCAAAUCAUUCACCGUGCUGGAAAACGUGCCUACACGCUGGCUGUGGGUAAACCUAAUCCUGCAAAACUGGCAAACUUUCUAGAGGUGGAUAUCUUUGUACUGGUAGCUUGCCCACAGAAUUCCUUGCUUAAUUCCACUGAUUAUUAUCGACCCCUGAUCACGCCCUACGAGUUGGAAAUAGCAUGCAAUCCAGCACGGACUUGGACAGGCCGCUAUGUUACAGACUUUCGCCACCUUCUGCCAGGAGCUUGUGACCAUGUCCUUUUCCCAGAAAAGACCAACAACGAACCCAGCAUUUCACUGAUCACUGGACAGCUGCGCUCUAUUGAUCCCUUCCGGAUAUCAGAUAUAGAGCCAAAUUCUGGCACAGCUGUGAUGUGCCGCAACCAUUUACAGACUGUAUCUCAGAUCAGCCCAGCAGCCUCAUUCUUGGAGUCCCGCAGCUGGCGGGGACUGGAGCAACAGCUGGGCCAAACAGAAGUAAAAAAAGCUAUUGUGGGACGACGGGGAAUUGCCAUUGCCUAUGAAGAUGAGCCUUGUGGAUGACCAACCCUGAAUAUAAAAGACAUUGGCCAGAUAACAGACUUCAUUCUUUGCUGGAUUUGGAUGGGUUAAUGGAACAUGGAUCUUUUUGAAUUUGUUGACAGUCUUAUUUGUACAGGGCAUAAAGUGGGCUAAGUUAGCAUUUUUUGCAAUAUGUUGAUGGACAGUUCAACAGAUUUUAAGUAGAGUGCCAUGUUAUUAUUUUAAUAGAGGAAUAUUUUUUUAAAAAAAAACAAGUGUUGAUCUCUGCUGAAAAAAGUGUGUUGAAGUUUUUUAUCCAAUGAUGAGACAAAUGUUAAUCCACAUUAGUGGCCAACUUAUAGAUAUCCAUGUUGUUUAAACUAGUCCUCAGUUGCAAUUUCUGUUGAUUAGAAGCUUAGACUAUGCUGAACAGUAGGGUGAGCAUUACUGAUCACAAGCUGAAGUCAGCAGUGAUGCAAUUGCUAAAAAAGAAAAAAAAAACACCUAAUGUAAUUCCCAGACUGAAUUAAUAAAAGCAUAGUCUCCAAGUAACAAGUAGCCAUAGUUCCAUUUUAUUCCAGAGCACUGUGUCCUUUUCUGGAGAUCACACUUAAAUAUGUUGACAAAGAGAAAUUAGCUAAGAGGGUCACAAGAAUGAAUAAAGGUACUGUAUAAAAAUAUUCUAUAAAGAAAGGUUGAACGAACUGCAUUGCAUGGGCCUCUUUAAUGGAUAACAGAGAUGCUAUGCUUAUGUAAGAUUCUAAGUAUUUCUUCCAAAUCAUCUUUGAAGCAUGCAUAACCCUAAUCUUGAUCUUUGUAACCCCCAGGGGACCAAAUAAAAUUCUAUACAGAAGAAUAAAUGUUGGGCAAAUAUUAAAGAUCAUUGAGUCUAGAAGAGCAGAUUGACAAUAGAAUUAUCUAGAUGGAUGGUGGACUACUUGUUAUUGGAAAUCUCCAAUUUAAAUCUUACAGACUUUAAUUGGUCUGUUUGCAACAAAACUAUUGCCAGGCCCCAGCUAUAUUUUCUCCACCCAACUGGAAUGCUUCUGUUCAGGCUUCUAGGUGGCCACUUCCUCCUCUAGGAUUUUCACCUCCUUCCAUUUUCUUUUUCAACCAAUGUUCCGUUUAAUGAUGCUCAGUCUUCAUUGGAUAUUGAAAUGGUUGCUUGUAGGAAGCUUUUAUAAAAGGAUUUGAAAAUCAUAAAA